AAUGUGUUGUAUUAUCAGCUGGGAGCGGAAAACAAAUUGUGUUGAGUUAAAUUGAAAAUCUCAUGUUUGACGAAAUAUUCCAAUAAAAUGGCCGAGGAACCAACAGAAUCGCAGUCGAUUGAGCAGUAUAUUGAGUCGUUAUUUGAAUCGAAAAGUACCAGUGAUAAAAAGGGUUAUCUUCCUGAGAUAUUAUUAUUCAGUGGACUCGCUUCAAUGUCAUUGCUGGCUGGGUUCGGUUCAUCUAUUGUUUUAACGAAAAGACAAGAUCCUGAAGCUUUUCAAAAGGGACUUCAAAACGCUCAAGCGGCCUUAUACGAGAAUGGUGUAUCACUUGCUUUGAAAGCAUUGAAAAGAGCGACCAUCUAUUCUGUUUCUGGAGCCACAUUGUUGUCUAUUGUUGUAUACAAAUUCUUCCUUCCUAGUUCGUUGCCAAAAAAGUCAUAAUAAACAAUUUAUAAAAUUUA